AACGUGUUAGGGGUCUGGAGUCGGAUCGCAAAGAACUAAGGAGUGGUAAGGAACUGAAGGACGUCAGCGAAUAUCGAUUACUAUUUGAGGUGUUUGGUGAUGGAGUUUAAAGAGAGAGGAUGCAUUACUUAAGGAGACGGAAGGACCAAAUUGAUCAAUUAAUGAGCAUUUAUUAAGCGGCACUGUACCACGCCGCUGAGCAUUUUCCGUCCUUUCUUUCUUUAGGAAAUUUAAUUCCAAAAUCUGGAGUUCCGGUAUCCUUCUUUUGGAUGAGAGCACAGGCAAAUCUUGUAAGGGGUCACAUCUCUGGUAAUAAAUACAUUUUAAAAACGGCAUUGAACUGACAAGGAGGGCAAAAAUGCUUAGGAGAAGACGGGGCGGGGCCAGUAGCGGUAGAGGGCGUGAUAAUUAAGUCGCGUCUUCCAGGGGGCGGGCCUACGUGUAGCUCCGGCGGUAGGGGCGGGAUCUGUCAGCGGCGUGAUGGCGUCACGCGCCCCUCCGUCCCGGCUCCGCCCCUCCGUCCCGGCGCGUGCCGGUUAGAGCUGUGACUCCUCCCUCGUUCUAGUCCGUCCCACGGCCGAGUCUCCGUCCCUCCUCCCGCCUUCACGCUCCUGGUUCUCUGCUUGGGCUCCGGCUCCCGGCGGGCGCGAUGGCGGAGGCCGUGGAGCGCACAGACGAGCUCGUCCGCGAGUACCUGCUCUUCCGCGGCUUUACGCACACGCUGCGGCAGCUGGACGCGGAGAUCAAGGCUGACAAGGAGAAGGGGUUCCGGGUGGAUAAGAUUGUGGAUCAGCUGCAGCAAUUAAUGCAAGUUUAUGAUCUGGCAGCACUUCGAGAUUAUUGGAGCUAUCUUGAGCGGCGUCUCUUCAGCCGACUGGAGGAUGUGUACCGGCCUGCGGUCAACAAAUUAAAGACCAGUUUGUUCCGUUUUUAUCUCAUCUAUACCAUCCAGACAAACAGAAAUGAUAAAGCACAGGAGUUCUUUGUGAAGCAGGCCACCGAACUCCAGAACCAAGCUGAAUGGAAGGACUGGUUCAUCCUACCAUUUCUCCCAUCUCCAGAUACCAACCCUACCUUUGCCACCUACUUCUCCCGGCAAUGGGCUGACACUUUCAUUGUGUCCCUCCACAACUUCUUGAGUGUCCUGUUUCACUGCAUGCCAGUGCCAGUAAUCCUCAACUUUGAGGCCGAGUGUCAGAGAACUUCUCAAGUACAGGAGGAGAACGAAGUUCUGCGUCAGAAGCUUUUUGCAUUGCAAGCAGAAAUCCAUCGAAUGAAGAAAGAAGAGCAGCAGCUUGAGGAGGAAGAGGCAGUGGUCCAACACAAACUCCCUCAUUAUGUGUCCAAUAUGGACCGCCUGGGAGACUCAGAACUUGUCAUGGUAUGUAGCCAGAGGAGUGCCUCACUGUCCCAUUCUCCCAAGAUGGGCUUCUUCUCUGCCCUGUUGCCUCAGAGUAAGAAGAGUCCCUCUAGAAUGUCUCCAGCUUCAGGUCCCCCUCAGGCGCAGUCCUCAGUGAAAAAAGAAUUAUCCAACAAUCAGAUCCUUAAAGCAAAAGAAGCCAUGACAGGAGUCAAAGACGGAAAGAACAUCUUCAGUGGCUUAUCUACUGGAGAGCCUGGCUUGGCACAUCAUCGGCAAAAGCGCCUGCAGGAUCACGGCAAGGAAAGAAAAGAGCUUUUAUCCAAAUCUACUUUCCAGUGUCCAGAGAAGAAAACAGAAGUUAGUGGGUCAGAGACAGAACCUUCCCUAGAGCUUCACAUUGACCAAGCAGACAUGACUACCAGAAUUUCUGGAGCUGGCAUAGAAGGGAGUGGCUUUCAACCUGAGGAGCCUUUCAUUGUAUUGAGCCAGGAGGAGUAUGGUGAACAUCAUUCUUCCAUCAUGCAUUGCAGAGUGGACUGUUCUGGGAGAAGAGUUGCUAGCUUAGAUGUGGAUGGAGUCAUCAAGGUUUGGUCUUUUAAUCCUAUCAUGCAGACUAAAGCUUCUUCUAUUUCCAAGUCACCCCUUCUUUCUUUAGAAUGGGCCACUAAACGGGACAGACUGCUUUUACUGGGCAGUGGGGCGGGGACCGUGCGUCUUUAUGACACGGAAGCCAAGAAGAAUCUCUGUGAGAUCAGUAUCAAUGACGACAUGCCUAGGAUCCUGUCACUUGCCUGUAGCCCCAGUGGGACCUCCUUCGUCUGCUCAGCUGCAGCCCCCAGCCUCAUUUCACAGAUGGACUACCCAGCACUAGAUAGUGGCAUCAAAGGCAUGAACCAAGUUCCUGGCAAGCUCUUGCUGUGGGACACUAAGACCAUGAAGCAGCAGCUCCAGUUCUCCCUGGAUCCAGACCCCAUUGCUAUUAAUUGUACUGCUUUCAACCACAAUGGGAACUUGCUGGUCACAGGGGCAGCUGAUGGUGCCAUUCGGCUCUUUGAUAUGCAGCAGCAUGAAUGUGCCAUGAGCUGGAAAGCUCAUAGUGGGGAAGUCUAUUCUGUGGAAUUUAGUUACGAUGAAAACACUGUAUACAGCAUUGGAGAAGAUGGAAAGUUUAUUCAGUGGAACAUCCACAAAAGUGGCCAGAAAGUAUCUGAAUAUUCCCUUCCCAUGGAUGCCACAGGCCCCUUUGUGUUGUCGGGUUACAGUGGAUACAAGCAAGUCCAAAUUCCACGGGGUCGUCUCUUUGCAUUUGAUUCUGAGGGAAAUUACAUGCUGACUUGUUCUGCUACAGGGGGCAUCAUCUAUAAGUUGAGCAGUGAUGAGAAAGUCCUGGAGAGCUGCCUGAGCCUCGGGGGUCAUAGAGCCCCAGUGGUCACAGUAGACUGGUGCACAGCCAUGGACUGUGGGACUUGCCUUACUGCUUCCAUGGAUGGCAAGAUCAAGCUGACAACUCUGCUGGCUCAGAAAUUCUGACAGGACAUGAAGCCAGAGAAGCAUUAUAGAAUGUUUAUGGAAUCAGUAUUAGCACGAGAUUAAGAUCACACAGAGAGAACACUAUUGCCCUUAGCUCUCUGGAAAAACUGGCAGGUUUAUUAUGACAAAUUGUCAGCCAGCUGGGGGAGCCAUAGGGAUCAGGAGGCCAGAAAAACUGUUGAUCCUGGAUAUUCACAAACUCUAAUGCUGCCUCAAGCUCCCACUGGGCUGUGGAAGACAGAUUUCUGGUGACUUUUACUUUGAUUCCUGUGGACAUUAACAGUAUUUUGUGUAUAGACAGUUCUUGCUUUUAAGUAAGUGGUCUUUUUCUCAGACCUCAACAUAAAAUGAUUUUUACAUAAUGCAAAUUUGCCCAUGGAUUUGGGUAAGAGAGGAAGAGGAGCAGGAAUGGGGCUGAGCACCAGGGCAGGGAGGGAGGUGCAGCAUAAUCAGUUCAGGGACAUGUGGGGACCAGAUGAAGAAACAAGACCAGGAGGAGGAACAUGAAAGGGCAAGGCCAGCCAUAUGAGGACCUGACUGGAACCAAGAGAAAGACCACUCCAGGGAGGCAGACAAGUUGGGUCUGUACAGGAACAUAGACAGGAGAGGAUACUGAGAGAAUAGGCAACAUGUGGGAGCCAGACCCUUUCUUCCCCAUUGUGGAUGGGCAGACACAUGGGUGAUUAGAGCAAGGCAAAGAUCUUCUCUUUUCGUGCUGGAAGUCUCACACCAAGUAUGGAAGUGGUGGUCUCUGUGUGUCUGUUCUGCUUUCACUUGAAAGGCUUGUUGAGUUUUUGGUUUUUGAUUGUUUUUUCUUUUUGGGAGGUGAGGGGUUGAGAUGGGAGCCAGACCUUGGAGUCAAGAAGCAAAUUGAGUGAGCAGGUGAGCCCAGUACUUAUUAUACAGUCAAGUUAACAUAAGUUUCUCUUUUUUUGGGGAAAGUAUUUCUUUCAGAAUUCUUUAUUUAAAUUCAAAUUUGCAUAAUGUGAAUUUAUGUAAAGCGAGAAUUGUCUGUAUAUUUACACAUUUCUUCUCCCUUUCUUAAAAGAAUGUUGUUCUCACUGUGGUGUCUUUCUGUAGAAGUGAUAAUGGAGAAGAAGCUGCUUCUGUAUAAGUCUUUUGGAUGACACCUGGUUGUGAUCUUUUAAAUUAUUUAGAAAGUAGAAGCAUUAUCUUGGGAGUUUAACUGUCUCAACUCCCAGAGAGAAUUAAGAUGAAACAUGAUGGUGUGGUAUAAUGGAUUUGAAAUCAGCAAGAUGGUAGUUCAGUCCUGUCUCUGAUGUUUACUAUCUCUGUAACCCUGCACCUCAGGCAACUAAACUAGUAUAGACUGGUGGCAGUCUAUUAACGGAGGAUUUCACAUAGUGAUGAAAUCUCAGAUCUUUAAAUAUUCGUUUUACUUAAAUGGUGAGCUUUCCCAUAGUAUUUGUCAGACUAAAAGGAUUUGAGAUCUUAUUUUAUUGUAGAGAUGAGGCUAUUUAUGUACAGUCAACAAUCUGUAAUUCUUACUCAGUUGAUCUCCAUUCCACAUGUGCAUCUAUCUAGGUUAUAUGUUCUAUAUCUCAUUUACUCUGGACUAUAUCCUAGAUGUAUCCUAGGUAUUUUUGUUUUCAGAAAGUUUUGUGAAGGGAUAUGGUCUUCCUUUGGAAAAAGGAUAUAUGAUAGAUCAUAGAAGAUCUUUGAUGGAGUUAAGAUCUUUUGCUUUUACCACUGUAGCUAUUUCCACUCAGCCUUUUCAUAUAUUCUUCUCAGUGAUUGUCAUAUCUUUUAGCUUAUAAAGAUGAAUAGUCUUCGGACUUUGAUCUUAAUUCUUCUAGACCUCCCUCCAUCUCCUCUGUGCAGAUAGAAGAGUACUGUCUUUAUCCACUUGCAGUUGAAGGAACAAAGAUGAUGAUUUGUCCAAGUGGUCAAAUUUGGUGAUAAGAAUUCAGAUGAGUAGCCAGGUUUUUCAUUGGUACCUUAACUAAGAACCAAGCAUUAAGCAGGUCUGAUGCAUGUCCUUGAAUUCUGGGUUCCUUUGGCAGGCUUAUAGUCCCUUCAUAUGUUAAGGGUAGAAACCAAUCUCUCCUCUUCUUCCAUAGUCUGUGGUGAGGGGAAAUAGCCCAUUGGUACUAUUGUAGCUGUUGCAGUAGCAGGUCUGGAACUUGUAUAGACAGCUGAUGAAAUAAUAAUGAUAAUAAUAGUUAGCAUCUGUAAAACUUUAAGGUUGGCAGAGUAUUUUACACAUGUUUUCAUUCAAUCCUUACAAAGACCCAGUGAGGUAGGUACUAUUGUUAUCUCCAUUCCACAGAUGAGGAAAUAGACCAUGAGAGGUUAAGUGAUGUGGCCCAGGCUUACCCAGCCAGUAACUGUCUGAAAUUGACCUCAGGUCAAGAGCUCUUCCCACUCUACCUAGUAUUGCCAUUGAAUUAGGCUCACUAAAGGGAUUGACUGGAAGAUGACUGCUAUUGAGACUGACAAGGUAGAAGCACAAGCUCAUGACCAUUCUCCACUGCCAGAAGUUGGGCUGGUUCUGUCUCAGUUCUGGAGCUGCAGUUCUGCGUGAUGAUAGGAAGAUAAAGAAUAAAUCUAGGACUUCAUUCUGCUUGGUGAUGAAGGAAAAGUGAAAGAACUGAAAUACUGAAGCCUUCAAACUGAAUCUCACUUUUGAUUCUUCUUGACCUCUUGCACCUGAACUAUUUGCCAACUCCUUUUCAUUUCACCUUGACCUCUCAUUUGAAAAAAAAAAAAAAAUCCCAUUUGUCUCAGUUCUAAUAGGGGGUAGAGUAUGAGUCUUGGAGUCAAGAAGGUGGGAAAGCUUGUCUCUAAUGAAGGUUAUUUGAUCGAGGUCUAGUCAUCCAACUUUCACACAUCAGGCUACUUAUUAACCCUUCUAUGCCAAGUUAUUGACAGGUUAUAAUGGGUAUUGGUGUUCUACUGACAAAUCACAGGUCAAGAGACCUGUGUCUUGUUAAGUCUUGUUAAGUGGACGUUCCAUCUUCAGAAGAAUAGGUCAUAUGUUUCCAUUCUUAAACUCCCCUUUAGAUUAACCCCAUCUACUGCAUCCACUGUGUGAGUAUCCUGGUUCAGACUCUCAACUAUCAUCUUCUGUCUCUUCUGUAAUCUUACAUAUAGACUUCUUAUCUGUAGUUUUCCCCCUUUACAAUAUACAUAACACACUGCUAGUUCACAUUAUCUUAAUGGGGCUUACUCCUCUGCCCUAAGCUCUGUGAGUUUCCAUUAUGUACUUAAUAUAAUCCUUAACAUUGGUAUUCAAGGCUCUCUACAGUCUGACUUUAAAAACUACCUUUUCCAGACAUCUGAACUGCUCAUUUCCCAUUCUUAUUCUGUCUUCAUCUUGUCUUUAAGAAUCAGUCUGUUACUUGCCUCAUGAAGCCUGCCUUCUUAGAUUCCCCUGCUACCUUCCCUCAAAUAUAUUAUGGCACUUUUUUUUGUUAUUGGUGGAAGAGGGACCUCUUUUUGCACUUACAAUUCUGCCUUGUAUUAUAGAUAUUAGUGUACUUACCUUUUCGCUCCUACUUCCCCCUUAUUAAAUUUGUAAGCUUCUUUGGAGCAAGGGCUUCAUUGUUUUUCACAUUUGUAUCUCAGUGCCUUGCAUAUAGUAAAACCUUAAUAAACAAAUUGAAUUUGUUGAA